AUGGUGUCGCUUGCCUCGAACGCUGAUGUAUCCGUGCCCUCGCCAGGGCCGGUGCCGGAGGAUGACGGCGAGGGUGUGCCUCUGGAAUCGGUUCGUUCAAUGGCUUCCUCUUUCUCGGCACCGACAACCUCACACGGUCUGCUCCGCCGCACUGAGAGCCAGGCUGCGGCUGGGGAACGACAGACUGGCGACCAUCAGGGCGCGCGACAGCUGAGGGCGAGCGCCGCCCCCCUCCCUUUGGUUGCUGUCCGUAACUCGUCCGCAGGCACCCUGGACGGGUGGACGAAACCCCCGCUACGUUUGCCUUCUGCGGUCGAGAGGUUGAGGUCGAGAAACCAGGAGGCGGAGAAAGGAGAGCGCCAAGUGAGCGCCAGCAGCCUCUACUGCUGGGGAUCGUCCUCGUUGUCCACGCGAGCAAGAAGCGGACAGGGACUCCCGGGACACGUUUUCACGUCAGGCGCGCGCGCUUCGUCUGCGCUGGAGCAUCGGCGGCUGUUGUCGUGGCGAACGCAGACGCCACGCCUGUCGUCAACUUACGGGUCGGCAGUGCUCGACGUUGGUGCACCCGCGUCUGCGUUUCGUCACGCUGGCAACCCAGCGCGCAAUCUAGCAGCCUCCUCCUCGUCUUUCUCGUCAAUCUCCACACCGGGUAACGGGGCUGCUGCCUCGCGACCAGAGCCCGCGGAGAGCAGAUUUGCCGGCGCGGCGGAGCCCGCCGCGCCAGACCAAGCGCACUCAGUCACCAUGCCGCUGUCGGAGAAAGACCGCAGCAGCACCUACUUCAGCCGGCGCGGGCGGAUGCUCACUGCCUGCAUGACGGAAUUUGAUGAGGACGACACCCCACACCGGGCCUCGGUGAAACGCGGCAUUCGCCGGAGAGUUCCGAGUCGCACCCGCGGGUCGGCGCACGAUAGUAUUGCCCUGGACCGCGACGACCGAUCGGUCUUCGUGGACUAUCGGUGCGUGGGGACUGGAGGCGUCGGACCCGUUUUCGAUGGAUGCGCAACGCACAGAGACAAGAGAGGCACGUAUCCGCGGAGGUGCGGCAUCUGUGCGCCUGUGUGCUGCGAAAGGUACUGUCGAGUCACAACGUUCGUCGACCAGUGGCUGCAAGAGUCGCGCUACGGACUGUACCCCAUCUGGACUCUACGCGUCACGACGUGGGUAUGUCUCGUCGGCACGCUCCUGUUUAUGAUGCUGGGCGCGUGGCUGAUCAGUGAGGACAACCGGCAUGUGGAGUGCCGGCUGAAUUACGAAGACGAAACGCUCCAGGAGGGCGGGUCGCGCUACUCGCUCCUCUCGAUUACUGCGGACAUGUGCGGGCCUCGCAACAACGAGCUGAAGGAGCUGGCAGGGCCGUACGUCUACGUGUAUGUAGAGAUGGAAAAUUUCUACCAGAAUGACGCGCAAGUUAUCUGGAGUCGCCACGAAGAGCAGCUCGCGGGCAAGAUCUUCACAGAUCCGAAGGACCUCAGGAGCUGUGAACCCGUCGUCACCGCCGUUGUCAACAACGUUCCCAAGGUGCUCCAUCCGUGCGGCGCGCUGGCUUGGAACGUGUUCACCGACCGCUUUCAGUUUCUCGAUGCUGUGCCCGACGAUACAGCGGACUCUGGACCCGUCAAGCCCCUGAUCGUCGAGGAAACGCAGGCGAUGCUCCUAAAUUCGCUAGAAUGGCGCCCGUGGUUCAAGAACCCUGCGCCCGAGGAGCGAGCAAAGUACCGCGAUAAAGUGUAUUUUUGGAUGAGUCAAGUCGACAACGACGAUGGACAGGACAUGUACAAGAGCCGCGAGGAGGCCAAGGCAGAACUGCUGAUGGAUCGACUGAACUACGAAGAAGCCGGAGAGAUGGUCGAGAAUGGUCACUUCGUUCAGUGGAUGCGGCCCGCGACGUUUGGCUCCUGGCGAAAGCUCUACGGCCGAAUCAAGGGACCUGUCGAGCUCCCACUCUUCGCCUACAUUGCUGUGACCUACGAUGUCAAACUGUGGCGAGGCAAGAAAGCGAUUGUCCUCGUCCAACCUUCCCGAUUUGGAGGCCGCACGCAGUUCAUUGGGAUUGCCUACCUCGUGUUUGGGUGCAUCUUGUCCGUCUUCGCCGUCUACAUGGUGUGGAAGCGUUUUUUCGGCCGAGAUGGCGGCGCGUCCGACUUCGGCAAAGACGUGCGCUGGCGCACCACCCGAAGGUCGAAGAAAAAACUAAAAUAA